GUUAGAACUACGUCAGAUCACAACUAACGCGUCGCUAUGGUAACAAAUGCGUUUGUUGUAAGAAAAAAUCCUCGUUUAGGAACCAGAACAGUUGGCAGUUGGCAGUUGCAUUUGUUACCAUAGCGACGCGUUAGCUGUGGCAGAAUUUCGGUUCCAAUACCGAUUUCUUUGUUCCCGCAACUAAAAAAUUAUUUGUUAUGUCUAUGUUAACAAAAUCGUUUGUUGUGGGAGCAAAUUAUUUUUUACCGUGUUGCCGACCCUCGUGUAUGACGUCAGGAAACGCAAAUGCCCAAUCAGACUUGCCGUCACCCGUGGAAAGACCGUCAGUUGCCCCUGCUGUUGCAUCAUAGUCGAGACAGAUAGACUAUGUGGAUGAGUAGGAUCAGUAUGAGAGCACAGUAUAAAGGGAGGGAGGGAGGAGGGUACGACGCUCUCAUACUGAUCAUACUCAUCCACAUAUCUAUCUGCCUAUCCGUCUCAAUUGUGAUACAACAGAAGGGGCGUGCUGGGUGUUGGCCGGGAGGCGAGAACGAGUAACAGCGUGGUGACGCUGAGACGUUGAGCCUAUUGGCUAGCGACCGCAUGUUUUGUAUGUUUAUUCUAGCUUAUCAGUUUAUGGUUACGGUGGUUCAGUGUGUAAUAAAAGAGUAAGUACCACAGUAUGGUACCACAGGUUUAUUGAGAUCUUGCCCUAUCGGUUCGAAACAGACACUCUGCAUUGAUGAGUAGGCCUACCUAUGAGAAGUUACACGGCGAGAGAUGACCUGACCCUGAUGACUGCCGACCAAGCGCCCCGGGAGAGACCGGCUCGGCCCAGGGCUGCAGAGCCACCCUGGCCUCGUGUAAAGUUAAGAACGCGUGAGCGUUCACGUGAUGUGAGAUCUCGCGUAAGAGAUGUGCGGGUGCGGUGCCUUAUAGUAAGCGAAAUUGCCAAUAGUUUUGAAGAAUUACAAUCUCCGUAAACUCCCCUUUCCAAAAAAUUAUAAUUUUGUCAAUUUUUAGGUCAUUUGGCUUAGUAAGUUAGACACGCCUGAGCGCUCACGUAUGAGAUGAGUGGUGGAGUGCGAAAUAAGAGGGGCCCUAUACUAAGCCAAAUGACCUGGAAAUUGACAAACCCAUACAUAUUUGGAAAGAGGAGAGUACAAAGAUUGUAAUUCUUCAAAAAUAUUGGCAAAUUUCGCUUAGUAUAAGGUGCCGCACAUCUCUCACAUGAGCGCAUAAGGCGCGAAAAUAUGGAAGCAGGAGGACGUGCGUCGUGCUCCAUGACAUAACUGGCCUCUAAAAAAAUUCUAGACCCCGAGAAUAAAGGGAUAGAACAAAGAUCAAUUCUUUAAAAUAGUAAACAUUUCAAUAAACAAAAUGAAUGACGUUAAGAUAAAUACAAGUAUAAAUUAAAGAAAAGCAAAAACGCGUAGACGAGCCAAAAGGAUGGCAAUUAGAAAAGCUGAACUAAUAUGACUAUCAGUUCUCAACGCGGAUGAUUCUUGACGUUUCGGACGCAAAAUUGGAAAAUAAAAAUAAAUACAUGGAAUCCUUAAUGAGAUGUCUGUUUGGUAACCGGGUACAACUAGACUGCUCAGACGACCGUUUCGGCAUGAAGCAUGCACUGAGCGGAUCGUAGACAGAUGUGUUUGGAACAGUCUAAUUCUGGAACUCACAACAACCGAAAGCAGCAGCCGUUUUAGUACAUAAUUCAUCUGGUCCUUGUGCUCAAGGAUGGCUGUUGCGAGUUGAGUGAUAACAUUAUGGUAUGUUUUCACGCCCUUGCGAAUGGCUGCAAUAGCAGAUUUAAUUUUAACAGCAUUAAUUUGAGUUGUACUGACAAUUUCCGAUUGAGACAGUUGCAAAGCAUUGAAAGCUGUGCCCAGCUUGUUGACAGAUAUAAAAACUUAGUCUAGUGAGCGUUCUGUUGCUAUUCCUUCCAACCACCUACGGAACUGGCCAAGGAAUGGAAGCAGGGAACGGCGUGGCUUCAGCGGAUACUUUUUCUUUAAAGAACAAUACUUUGCCUAAUUCUACAAAAAUGCUGGUGCUCGAAUUGUCAAGUUGAUCAAAUACAUAGCAAUAUUCUGGCCAAUUUGGAAGCAUUGUUACACUGUGAAACGGUGUACUUGCGGUGACUUCUCAAUUGUCGUAUUGGGCAAGUUGAUAUGUGAAAUGAAACGUCAAAGUAACCAUGUCGCGACGAGAUGGUCAUUCACACUGAAGAGUUUUGUCUCUGUGUGUCUCUUCUUACUGAGUGGUUCGACUGGGUUCGUGUGUAUUUGGAUUUGCAGGUAUCAAGGUAAGAUACAAGUUGCACUUUUAACACGUGUAUUCAAAGAAGACACUUACGCAUAUCACUACGACGUAUGCCUGCAGAAGUGGCGUAUCUGUGAAGAGGCGCGCAACACUGGCGGAUCUGCACCGGCCCGGCCAACCCUGGUGGAUCUGCGCCGGCCCGGCCAACCCUGGCGUAUCUGCUUUCCGGUAGAUCUGGUCGCAGUCAACUUUGGAGGCGUAUUGCUCAUUGUAGGUAUAUCGUAUAGUGUUGAGUGAUAUCAAAACUCAAUCACGAGGAUAUAAACAUUGACAUCAGUCAAUACUGUACGACAUACCCACGGUGAGCAGUAGGCAUUCGAAGUUGACUGAGCAGAUCAGCUGAAAUGCAGAUACGCCUGUGAUGACCGUCUCUUCCCAGAUCCGCCAGUGUUGGGCGGGCCGGCUCAGAUUCGCCAGUGUAGCGCGCCUCUUCACAGAUACGCCACUUCUGCAGGCACACGUCGACUAAUUCACGGGCUGAGGUGUGGCUUGGAGAAUCUCCCACCAGCGAAUGGCCACGAGCCCGUCCGCGGAGAGAUUUGGAACCUUCUGGCAGGUCGAGGCGGGGCUGGGAGGUGUCUUGUUUGUCACCUCCAGCCCCAGGCUGCCACACCAUCGGCGUGAGUCCCCCCCUCCCCCCACCCCCCACCCCGGGUCCGUGCUGCGUAUUUUUCCCCAAAUGCCUAAUCAGAAAGAUCUCCCGAACCACAUCUCACGUACACGGAAAAAAAUAAGUAAGCUGUGAUAGCUAAUGUGUUAGCUGCCAGCGUGACAAGCAAUGCGUUAGCUGUGAGAGCUAAUCUCUGACUGUGAGAGCCAAGCGAUGUUUACUAUAGCAGAUAAUCACGUCAGCUGUAAAAACUAAUGCGGGAGAAAGUUUUUAUAAGAUGUUAAAACUUAAAUUUUUGCAGAGUUGUUCCAUUUACGUUGUUAAGGGUGCGUCCUUCCUCACUUCUACUGCCCUUAACAAGGAAUUAGAACCGACCCGAGUCGGUGUUGAACCCUCGCCCCUCGGCGCUGCGCUCCGACUUGGAGGCACUGGUCGAACACCUUGCUUGUCACGCUGACAGCAAACACGUUAGUUGUCCUAGCAAACGUUGUGCUGGAAUAGAUAACAUAUUUUUUUCCGUGUAAGCACCCAAGCCAACACUUAGUCUUACACCGCGACCAGCCGACUGCCCGCACGUCACGCGUUUACAUAAUACACGAUAUCGCAGAACCUUGUACUGCCAGCGCUUUGGCACGCUGAAUUGCACGGUGUCGCCUAGCCCUACGCUUUGCAGCGGAGCUUAGCUUGUAGACACGGUGCUGUGAAUGGUUAUAUUGUUUGGCGAGCAGUAAUUUCUCCAAGCGUGUUCGUUCCUCACUUUCUUGCUGGGCCCUAUCAAGAGCGUUCACGAGUGCGUCUGUCGCGUAUUUUACCAUUGUUUGAGCACGCUUGUCAACUGUAGAGAGUAGUUCAAAUGUAAAGUCAAGAAAAUCAUGAAGCAUACGUGAAGUCUGUCCAGGUGUAUGUUUAACUGAAUUUAGCGUGAAAAAACGGAUGAAUUUUGAGACCUUGUUUACCAUCUUUUCGAUUUCUGAAACGGAAGCUAUUACAGGGAGGCGGCCCUUUAACCAACUAUCCAGUCCCGUGUCCCGUGCCAAUUCAACCGAGUCACUCAUUCCAUUCCAGGUACAAGCGGUAGACAUAUUACCGUGUUACCGACUGGCGAGGUGAGGAGACCUCAAACUGCUAGACCGGUGCUGUAGGCUACCUCCGAACGAGCGUCGUGAAUUCGAAAUCUAUAAAUAGAAUUUUAAUUAAGGAGAAGCUAUGUGUGAACAUGCCAAGAUGCCUCACAUGUUGGAUACGGGACAAUUUUGGUGCUGGACGCACACAGCCAUGUUCCCUGCUGCAUGGAACAUUUCUCAGUUUAGCUCCUGCAGACGCCUCUGCCCAUGCUCCAACUGCUUCCAUGGCACCACACACUCCAGCUACCCCUAAGAGGGCUCCAUCCGCCACCCCACAAAGGACUCCAGCUGCGACCCCCACCCUGUUGAGGACUCCAUCCUCCACUACCCCAAUGCGGACCCGAGCAGCCACCCCAAUCCAGAUUCCAGCUCCAUCAACACAAACCAUGACUCCUCGUUAGGUGGCAAGGCACAAAGCGCAACAGGCAUGGGCCACACAGGCACCAGCUGCACCAUCACCAUCACCUCUGCCACCACCACCACCUCUUGAAGUAACCCUUGACAGUCUGAAUGUGGCACAGCUAAAAGCCAUGCUUAAACAAAAAGGGUUAAAAGCGUCUGGUAAGAAGGAUGAGCUGAAGGCCAGACUUCUAAACCAUUUGUGUACCUAAGUUUCUAUAUUUUUAUCUUUUGAAAUUUGUGUUAUUUGUUCAGAUACUUUAUUAUUUGUUUGCAUGUUUGUAUGUCUGUUUUGUUAUGUGUUUCUGAGUUUAUAUUUGACUUUGGUAUGACUUUGCUGUGCAAAAUAUAUCUUAUUUUGACAUGA